AUGUCGCUACCCACCUACGUUUUCCGCGCCCUCUCAGUCUUUGGCGUCUGCGCGCUAUGGGGCCUGAUCGCCGUCAAUGGCACAUUGGUACUCAUGCUGAAGACGACGUACUACGGCGUUUAUCCCACAGGUACGGCGCAUAACUUUACCUGGACGGGUAUCUGGCCUCUCGACUUCAUGCUGGGCCAAGUCAUCUGUUUCUUCUACUCGAUAUUCACCCUUGCCGAGCUGCCCGAUGACGGGCCCUUUCUCCUCGGCGCCGAUCUCUUGAUCGCCCUCAUCGUUUUCAGUAUGAUGACGCUUGCCGAGGACCGACGCAAUAGGAAGACUGGCGCGCUUCGAGUACCUGUUUGGUGGCAGUCCCUGUGGAACAUGUUUGGCGCCGCUUGCGUGCUCCCCGUCUACCUGAGCUAUUACGUCUCCGAGCGGGGACGCACAACGCCUCUCCGGCGCAUGCCCGCUGUGCAGGCUCAGGCUUUGCCGUUCUCGGCCCUCUGGGCGUUGGUCAUCAACCUUCCUACUCUGCUGCCAGGCCUCCUUUUGUCGACGCCCUACCGCAUCCAAGCCGGUGUUGCGCUAUGGCUUCUCGGCCCUUACACUUUGGGUCCCGUCCAAGACCUCAUCGCCAACUUCUUGCUGCCUUUGCUGCCUGGUAGUUUCCCAUCCGGGGGUUUUAAAAACCCCACCAAAGCUGCCUACACCAUCCUCGGGGUCAUCAGUGGUCUCGUCCACGUCGCCGUGGUGUUGGCUGCUGUUGUCGACACCGAAACCAGCGUGGCCCGAGUCUACUUGCCGCAGCACUCCCGUUUGGUGCCUGGAACGCGGAGCGCGUUGAUUGAGGGUGCUAUGCUGUUUACGCAGUAUGAUUACAUUGGGAUCACUCUGACGACUUUGGCGGCGGGGUUCUUUAUGCGCCCGGGGAUGAGCGGCGUCACAAACGGAUUCCGCAAGAUGGUUGCUUUGACGGCUCUGUUUGGUCCUGGCGCGGGUAUGGCUUGGCUGUUGUGCAAAAAGGAGAAUGAGUUGGAUGGAAAGGGGGACGGUGUUGGCGCCAAGAGCGGUUAG